AUGAAUACUUAAGAAAAUAUUCUUCAAGGUAUGAAUUUAUUAUAUAAACUCAGCCAUUAACUUAAAAAACUAAAAAAGGUAUGAUGAAGCUAUUUAAAUUCUAUCUAAAUGUGAUCAAAAUGACUCAGAAGUACUUUACCAUAUUGGAGACAUCUAUUUAAUAUUUAAGUAUCCAAAUGAAGCUUUGUAAUGCUUUGAAAAUUCAUUAAUCAAAAACCCUAAUUAAGCAGUAACCAUCAAAGAUAUGGGAAGAGCAUUCAUGUUGAAAAAAGAAUACACUAAAGCUGUAAAUUGUUUCUUGAAAGCAUACAAAUUAGAUUAAUAAUAAUUAGACAUAUUUAAAUUGAUCAGUAUAUUUAUACUUAAUUUCAUUAAGCCAUGUGUUAUAUGGAAAAUGGUGAAUAUGAUAAAGCAUUUGUUUAUGCCAAUCAAUAAUUAGCACGUUUUCCAAAAGAUCCUGAUUCUUAUUGUUUGAGAGGUGUAUAUUUAAAUCAAUUAAUAGGGAAAUAUUAUUUAAACACAUGUAAAUAUGAAUAAUCAAUUGACAGUCUGAAUAUAUGUUUAAAGUUGAGACCCAAUAAUGCUUAUGCCUUAGGAACUAAAGGUUUUCUGAAAUUAUUAUAUAUUCAAUAGGAUAAGCAUUUAUGAUGCUAGGCAAAAUGCAUGAAGGACAUUAAUGUCUUAAUGAAGCAAUUUAGAUAAAUCCUAACAUUGCAGAAUUACAUGUUGAUAUUGGUUUACUUUUUGAAGGAAUGAGCAACAUUUACCUAGCAAUUUUAUCAUAUGAUCAAGCACUAUAAAUCUAACAUGAUAAUCCAAUAUCAAUAUAAAGAUUAUGUAAAAAUUUUGAUAUUUCUAAAUAGACAAUCUAAAAUUGCAUCAGUAUUAAAAAUUAGAUAAUAACAAAUCAACAAAAACAAAAUUAACUUCUAAUUAUAAUGAAAUAAUUACUAAAAUACCUUAAUCUUAGUAAUAUUAUAUUGCCUUAUUCUAUACAAUAUCUAGUUUCCUGUAGGGUUAUUUAAAUGUGACUGAUAUGACAAAAUUAAAUUAUUAAAAGCAAAUUGGUUAUAUUAAGAAUUUAAUAGAUAUUAAUCAUCAAUUAGGAGUAUUAUGUUCUCCAAUAUCUUCAUUUUUUAGAGGGAUUGAGUGCUAUCUUGGUAAAACUAAUACUGAAAUUCAAUAAUAUAUUUCUGAAUGGAUAAGUUAGAAAUAUCUAAAAACCUUUAAUCUUAAAGAUUUAAAUGUCAUCUUAUCAAAUAUAAUAGGAGAAGUUGUCAUUCAAAAAAAUUCAUAAUCCCUAUUUAACUAAGAAAACAAUAAUCUAAAGGUUGAUCAUUUAUUACCAAUAAUACAAAACAAUGAAAAUUAAAUAUUCAAUAAUUAUUAUUCAAUAUAAGGAUUACAUGAUGGUGUGAAUAUGAUUUAAAAAAUGUUAAUAUUUUGUACUCCAUUUUUGAAGACAUGGGAUGCUGAUUUUAAAACUAUUCUAAUCAAUAUUUUAUGUUAUGAUGAAUGA